UCUUAACCAUUGGAUAAGUCGAAACCAGAAAUGUUUUGGGGUUCCAGUCUUCCAGUGUUUGUCUGUAUUAUUUUAAAGUCUAAUGGCUUUUUGUUUCAAGGGCAAAGCAAUAUCUCAGCACCCUCCACUGAACAAAAAGAUCAUGAUUUUAUCUUCAUGAAACAACUGCUUCAUUUAGAAACGACCUUAAACUCAGUACUUUUGGAUUUUGCUUCACUUAAGCUGGAAAAUCAACGUUUGCUACAGCAGCAGAAGUUAUUUGAAAACCAGCAGACACUGUUAACAGCUCAGAUUGGAGCAUUUAACCAUACAACCAAAAUGGAGAUUACUUCAUUGAAAGAUUCUCUCAAAGUUUUUAAAACAGAGAAUAGAGUUCUGAAAGAAAGGCUUAAUUCAAUGAAUUCUUCUGUAUCUACAGCUGCUUUACUUUGUGAUGAAAAUAUUGGAAGUUUAAAUUCUACAACUUUGCUCCUACUAUCAGAAAAUAUUGCAAUGAAACUCAAACUUGAUAAGAUGGACUCCAAAACCAUGUACCUACAGCAAAAUAUGACAACUCCGGAUGAUGUGCGAAUGUUAGAGAAAAUUAUUACCUUUAAUUUAGAACAGACAAUUCAAGAAAAAGAACAGGAAUUCAUGAAGAAUAUAUCAGGUACUAUCAAAGAAUUACAAUGGAAGGAUCAUAGAAUAUUACUUUUGUUAUCUGAUGUGGAUAAUAGAACAAAGAAUGUGGAAAAUAGAACAAAGAAUGUGGAUAAUAGAACAAAAACUCUUGAAUACUCUGUGACCGAUUUGGAAAAACAGCAACUCCUUACGAAAAAUGACGUCCAGAACAUGUCACAGUCCCUGGGCUUAGAUGUGACGAAAUUGAAGGAGUCUCUUCUAAAACUUCAAACUGGUGCUGCGUAUACAGUUGCAUUUUCAGCUGGUGCAAUUGGUGGAUUUUAUAAUGCAGAAGAAAAAGUGACGUUUCAAAACACUUUGUAUGCAGUGGGGGGAGGAUAUGACAGAAGAACAGGGGUGUUUACAGUCCCCCAAAAUGGACUCUAUAUCAUAUUUUGUAAUGUUGAGGCAAACAACGGAAACUUUACGGCAAAAAUAAUGAUCAAUGGUUCACCAAAAGCUGGAGUGAUUGCUUAUUAUGGAUCUUCAUACAAUUAUGGCUAUCACACAGGAUCUAAUCUUAUUGUCCAACAACUACAAGUAAACGACAGAGUUUGGAUACAAACAGUAUUCAGGGGCAAUUCAAUGUACUCUAUUUUUCCAGUCGAUUCCAUCUUUACAGUGGUGAUGAUCAAAAGUUUAGAAUAAAGACUGGUUCCUCUGCAGCUUAUAUUUUUCCAUGUAGAAUGAGAAGAAAUUCAUUGUGAUCAUGUUUGGUUCUGUACAUGUUACAUGUAUUUACUUUUGAGUAUUAACCCAUUCACGUUCAUACCUGUCAAACCUGCACUUUUCCCCCCAUGUGCAAUUAAUAAAUGAAAAAAGGUCUUUCUAAUCAUUUUACUCAUUUUAGUUUUUCAGCUGCUACAUGUAUAUAUAUUUGUAUAGGACUGUAUAAAAAUUUUUUUUAAUAAAAACAGUUUGUAAAGUUGUCUAUUGGGUGUAUGCAAAUAUGAUUUUUUAUAAAACACAUAACAUUUUGUAUAUAUGUAAAGAAUGUUUUAUCAAAUACAAUUUUGAUUCUUUCAGUUCUUAUAUAGACAAGUAAUUAUACUGUGUCUGAUAAUGUCCAAUACAUAUACUAGUGUAUGCUCAAUAAUUAAAUCAUGGUGAUUUGCUCAAACUGGUCUCCUGUUUUUUUAUAACCAAUAUAUUAGUGCAACCAAGUAGAUAAUGAAAUGAAUACAUGCGCUUACAUUGAUUAUCUUACCGAAGAUUUUAUACUGAUCGAUGUACACAAGGAAAUUUUUGGUACAUGUACCAUUUUAUAUUUGCCCCCUUAAUCCCUAAAUUUCCAUAGGAAAAUUUAAGAACAAUGCUUUUUUUUCAACGAGUAAGAUACAAUUCAAUAAGCCAUUUUUUAAUAAACGUCUUUUUAGAGAAAAUCUAAAAUCUAAAUCUAACAAAAAUUUAUACAUGUAAAUAAAACUGUUUAUUUUCCUGCCUAUAUAUGCAUGCGCAACUUCAUUAUUUUCAUCUAACUUUCCUAGAAACCCUGAGCCAAUUCCCCAACCAGUUUAGCAGGCAUGAUGCUAAUGCAUUCUAACUAUAGAGAAGAGACAUAAUUUAUAUACAUGAACAAUUAUUAGUAAUGUAAUUCCUUAUAAGAUUUAAAGCAUUUAUUUCCAAUUUUUACACCAUUUGGCAAUUAAUUAUAUAUCAUAUGUACAUCAAUGAAUUUGAUCUCUACAAAUAAGCAAGGUUUUUUUAAGUUGAAACACCUGAAUCAUAAUAUACUUCUAUAAAAACCCAGUUCCAUAAACCAGUGAGUAAUAAUUUCUAUCAUGGUGAGAAAAUAUCAUCUAAACCUGAAAAAUACCCACAAGUAUCACAGAGAAAAUAUUGCAGUAUUAUAUAUAGAGCUGUGAGUAUUGAAAUUACUUAAUAACUGUACAAAAUUAGGUUUUACAAACCAAAUACCCUUUUAACUUGAAUUUUUUUUUUUUUAAAGUAUUCUCAGAUUCAUUAAUCACAUUAUUGCUAGCAAUAUGAGAUGUUAUUUUAUAAAUCUAUAAGACAUAACCAGCAAAUGAACAUUUAUUUUCAUGAAUAAUAGACUUAUGUAUUAUAUAUUUAUCUCUGAGCUUGAUAAACAAUUUAACAGGUUGUAACCAUGACGAUAAUUAAAAUAUCAUUCCAUUCAUAGCUGCCUAAACCAUAAUUAACAAUUUGUCCCUAAAACUAGAUAAAACUACAUCUACAAAGUACCGUAACUUCCACUUAAUGCUUAAAUGUAGUGAGCCUUGAAGAUGCCAUAUUAUUCAUAUUCCAGGCAUGACUUAUAGCAAAGUUCUAGAACUAUUUUUUUCCAAAUAAUUUGUCCAUGCAAUAAAUUGUGGUUUCAUCAAUACUGAUUAAACAUCAAUUUUUGUGGAUUUCACGGUGAUCAACAAAAGCCAAAUGUCCAUCAAAGUUAAAUAAUUGAUAGCAUGUUUUUCAAAAUGGACCAUUAAUUUGUCAACAGAUUAACAUAUCCAUGAAAACUGAUGCCAAUGAAUUUUCUUAAUGAA